CCUCAGUGUGAGGGUGUAGAGGUCGCUGUUUGUCGUGGUGUUCCUCGUUAUUAUCAUGCCUGAUGUAUGAGUCGAGUGGGUGUUCACAGCCUGGAUAAUUCAAUGCCAACAAUACCGAAACUCAAUAGAGAGCGACUUCACAACAAAUCAGCGUGACAUGGAGCCUACGAAUUUACAGAAAGCUAUAGCUACAGCCAACAAGGCUUCACAAGAGGACCAGGCUGGAAAUUAUGAGGAAGCUGUUAAAUCUUAUCAACAUGCAGUGAAAUAUUUUCUGCAUAUAAUAAAACGUGAACCACAGGGUAAGGAGGGUAAUCAGAAGAUCAGAGAUAAGUGUAAGCAGUAUCUAGACAGAGCAGAAGAGCUUCAAGACUAUCUUGAUAAGAAAGAGAAAGCUAUAGAUCUGGCCAGUAAGGCAGCUCUGGAGGAUAAGGCUGAAAACUAUGAAGAGGCCCUGCGACUAUAUCAACACGCUGUUCAAUAUUUCUUGCACGUUGUCAAAUAUGAAGCACAGGGGGAUAAGGCCAAACAAAGCAUUCGGGCCAAAUGUGCCGAAUAUUUAGACCGGGCUGAGAAGCUGAAAGAAUACUUGAAGAAGAAAGAGAAAGCCCCAGCGAAACCAGUGAAGGAGUCCCAGUCCAGUGAUAAAGGGAAUGAAAGUGAUGGAGAAGGAGAUGAUCCAGAGAAAAAGAAAUUUCAAAAUCAACUCUCAGGAGCCAUUGUCAUGGAGAAGCCAAACAUUAAAUGGAACGAUGUUGCCGGUUUGGAAGGGGCCAAAGAGGCUUUGAAAGAAGCUGUCAUUCUCCCAAUCAAAUUCCCACAUCUCUUCACUGGUAAAAGAACUCCCUGGAGGGGCAUCCUUCUCUUCGGGCCUCCUGGAACAGGCAAGUCUUACCUGGCCAAAGCAGUAGCGACAGAAGCCAACAACUCCACCUUCUUUUCCAUCUCCUCCUCCGACCUGGUAUCCAAGUGGCUGGGAGAGAGUGAAAAGCUGGUGAAGAAUUUGUUCACUUUGGCGCGAGAGCACAAGCCCUCUAUUAUCUUCAUCGAUGAGAUCGAUUCACUCUGCGGCUCCAGGAGUGAGAAUGAAAGUGAAGCAGCUCGCAGAAUCAAGACAGAGUUUCUGGUUCAGAUGCAAGGUGUUGGUAAUGACAACGAAGGGAUUCUGGUGCUGGGAGCCACAAACAUCCCCUGGACGUUGGAUUCUGCCAUCAGAAGACGAUUUGAGAAGCGCAUCUACAUCCCUCUGCCAGAAGAGCACGCUCGUGGAUUCAUGUUCAAGCUGAAUCUGGGCAGCACACCGACAAGUCUCACCGAAUCAGACUUCAUGACUCUGGGCAAGAAGACGGACGGUUACUCCGGUGCUGACAUCAGCGUCAUCGUCAGAGACGCCCUCAUGCAGCCCGUCAGGAAGGUUCAGUCCGCCACUCACUUCAAACGGGCACGAGGACCAUCAAGAAAUGACCCGAAUGUCAUAGUCGAUGACCUUUUAACCCCUUGCUCCCCAGGUGAUCCACAGGCUAUUGAAAUGACAUGGAUGGAAGUCGAUGGAGAGAAACUUUUGGAGCCAAUUGUUUCCAUGUCGGACAUGCUGAGGUCCCUCACCAACACAAAGCCCACCGUCAACGAGCAGGAUCUGGAGAAGCUGAAAAAGUUCACCGAGGACUUUGGACAGGAGGGCUGAACAGAGCCGGUCUCCCGAAACCAAAGCAAACAGCUUGUGAUUGUCACAUCUUCUCUCUUGCCCUUCACACGCCCCUCUCUUCCUUUCGUACCCAUGCUCUUCCUCUGACCGACGAGCCCCCUCAGCUGUAAUUUGAAAUGCAUAUCUCUUCAAGCCCACCUCAGUUUUUCUUCACAUGUUAAUAAUAGCUGCUCUGCCUGCAAGGCUGCCGUCAGUACCUUGUGACCAUCAUGCAUCCUUUAUCAUUAAUAAGCGGUCUCAGUCAUAAUUAUCUGUGCUUUCUAUGAAUAACACAGUCAGCAGGACCUACAACAGAUGUGCUGUAAAACAAUAAGCAAUUAUAAUUAGUUCCUAAACUAAUACUAAUGUCAGUUUUGUUUACAGUUGCAUAAAUCUGAAUGGACAAUAGUUCUGC